CGGUCCUUCUUUUCGCCACUGCCAAACGGUGCGGGUAGCGGGCACUUGCAAAGAGCAUCCGGAGCCGUUACGUUGUCACAGACUCAUUGAUCACGAUCAGACGGGAGACUAUCAUGGCUCCAUCUACGAUCUGGUUCACAGCACUCUUGGCUGCUUCGACAAGCGCCUCACCUUUGCUGACUCGCCGUAACCUCAACGUGCUCGUGGAGGCUGACCUCGAAGGUAUCACUUCAUCUGUCAAGAACCUCUUCCUCCAGGGCUCCAACACUACCGUCCCCAAGAAUGAACAUUCUCGUUGCAAGGUCUACCCAGAAGAUGCUGCAUGGCCGUCCGACGAGGCAUGGUCACAGCUGAAUGAGUUGACUGGUAACCGCCUACUCUCAAGACCUACGCCUCUCGCUGCCGUCUGCUAUCCGUCCCAUCCGGACUACGAUGCUGAGCAGUGUGCGACCUACUCGGCAACAUGGACUCAAUCGUACACACACAUGCACGAUCCUAUCGAGAUGAUGUCUCCGGUUGCUCAAGGUAUGACUUGCACAGCACCAGUCAUCUUCGAUAGCCACAACUGCACUCGAGGAGGCUUCCCGGCCUACGUUGUCAACGCCACGGAGCCAAAGCAUGUCCAGCUCGCCGUCAACUUCGCCAGGAACUCAGGUGUUAGACUCAUCGUCAAGAACACCGGCCAUGACUUCCUUGGCAAGAGUGGCGGUAAGGAUGCUUUGAGCAUCUGGACACACUACAUGAAGGAUAUUGAGUACAUUGAAGAGUAUGCAGACGAGGAGCUCGGUUACACUGGCCCUGCGUUCAAGGCUGGUACCGGUGUACAGGCUUUCGAAAUCUACAAGGCCGCAAACGAGAAAGGCAGGAUCGUUGUCGGUGGAGAAGGCGAGACAGUCGGUGUCAUGGGAGGCUACAUCCAAGGAGGUGGACACUCUCCGCUGACCGGACUGUACGGCACUGGUGCGGACAAUGUUCUUGCCUUCGAGGUCGUCACUGCUCAUGGCGAGUUCGUUGUUGCGAACUCUACCUCGCACACUGACCUUUUCUGGGCAAUGCGCGGCGGAGGUGGCAGCACUUUCGGCGUUGCAACCUCAGUCACCGUUAAAGCACACCCCGAUCUACCAGUCACAGCGUGCCGCUUCAGCUUUUCGUCUAAGCAGACUGGCAACGAGACGUUUUGGUCCGCCGUUCGUUCCUACCUCGACAUCAACGUUGCGAACGCCGAUGCCGGAACCUACACCUACUGGAUGAUCCUCCCAUCGAACGGCUCCUUCACGUUCCAAUUCUCCCCCUUCUUCGCACCAAACAAGACCCUCGAAGAAGCCACCGCCCUUCUACAACCCUGGUUCCACAAACUCGACAGUCUGAACAUUACCUAUGCACCCAACAUCACCUACUUUGACACCUACUACUCCGCCUGGCGCUCCUCCUUCCCUCUCGAAUCUGUGCAAAAAGCCAACGUCGCCACAGGCUCGCGCCUCUUCCCGCGGGCCAACUUUGAAACCGAGGAGAAGCGCCAAGAGCUGUACGAAAACAUCCGCUCGUCCAGCGAGAAGAAUCGCGUGCAAGUACACUUCAACAUGCAGGCUAAGUCGACCAGCGACAAUGCUGUGAACUCGCACUGGCGCCCUCUUGUGUCUUUCUCUAUGCAGUCUGUGCGCUGGCCUAUCAAUAGCACCGCCGAGGAGAUUCUCAAGAUCAGGAAGGACUUCCAGGAUGUCGAUAUGCAGAAGUGGAGGGAUAUUAGUCCUGACGCGGGAAGUUAUUUGGCCGAGGCUGACAGGCUUGAGCCGGACUUUGGGCAGGCGUUCUUCGGUGACAAAUACCCAAGGCUGUUAGAGUUGAAGAGCAAGUUGGACCCGCAGGACGUGUUUUUCGCGACCACAGGAGUUGGCAGCGAGAGGUGGAAGGUGGAAAGUGUGGAUGGGUUGCCAAAUGAGAAUGGCAAACUAUGUCGUGUUGAGUGAGGAGCAGAUGACCAGUAGACGAGUUGUUACAUUCCAGGUUUUCUAUCGAGAGCCCAUCUAAUUUAUUUCCCACAAGCAGGAAACCGUAGAGUCCGUCUGUCUUCGACAAGAACAGUGUGCGAAGACAAUCCACCCUCGACCUUCCUCUCUCUCACCUUCUUCUCCUUUCGCAACACUAAUCGUGCUUCUUCACCCCCUCUCACCAGCCUUGCACGCAGCC